AUGCGUGUUAUGAUGCUUUCCUGCUGCCUCUUACUCUCGCUCCUGGCCGCUCUUGGUCUCACAGCACCCUUGCCGGGGGGAGCGGGUUCUCCGGACGUGACCUUGGCCACAGAAUACCUCAAGCGCUACUACAUGCGGCGAGAUGAGCAGCCUCCGGAAUCCCUGUCCGUUAGGUCCAAGCUGAAAGACAUGCAGACGUUCUUCGGCCUCAAUGCAACAGGUGUGUUCGAUCGUCAGACUCUGGAGGUGAUGAAGAGUCUUCGCUGUGGCGUUCCAGAUCUGGAAGAGUACGGCAGUCACGUCCCGACGACACGAUUGAACAAGACGGUCAUCACGUACAGCAUUGGCAGACACACCAGAGACAUGCCUCGCAGCUCCGUCCACUCCUUGCUUGAGUCGGCCUUCAGCGUUUGGGCCAAAGUCAGCGGUCUGACGUUUGUCCGCUCGCACACCCGCAAGGCUGACAUCACGGUGGAGUUUGUCAGCCAAAAACACGGCGAUCUCUAUCCAUUCGACGGAUCCGGUGGUGAGUUGGCUCACGCUUUCGGUCUGGGUCAGGGCGUCGGGGGCGUCGUGCACUUUGAUGACGACGAGAGUUGGACAGCAGGAGACGCAGGCGGUUUGAAUCUUUUUGAGGUGGCUGCGCAUCAAUUUGGCCACGCUUUGGGCCUGAAGCACUCGAGGAACCCCACGUCACUAAUGCACCCCAUUUACAAGGCCUUUCCAGCAGAAGCCAACUUACUCUCUAGAGACAACAAUCUACGCACUUUAUUGUACUAACUCAGCCAUUACUCCUCCAAUUUGCCAUUCCCCGAACUCACACGAAACAGAUGUGCUCCUGAUGUGACAUUUGACGCCGUCUCCACACUCGGGGAUUCCACCAUCUUUUUCACAGACAGGUAUCUAUGGAUUAAACACAAUAAAGCAUUUGGUAUCAAAGAAGGUCCCAUCACCAACUUCAUGCCUAAGAUAGAAAGCAGAAUUGAUGCCGCCUUCUGGGUUCCUCGCAGAUCCACUGCUUACCUUAUUCAUGAGUCUAUGUUCUGGACGGUGAAAAGCUCAGUCUUGAAGGGAAAGCCCAGAGCUCUCAACCAUUUUGGGUUUCCUGUCUGGGUGCAGGAUGUGGAUGCUGCUGUGCACGUUGUCAAAACGGGACGCACCCUCUUCUACAUGCAUGAUAUUUACUGGAGCUACAAUGAAAACAGAAAAGUGAUGGACUUUGGUUACCCAAAAUAUAUUAUUCAUGACUUUCCUGGACUCAACACCACAAUAAAUGCUGCCGUUUAUAAAGACGGUUUCAUUUAUUUCUUUGUUGGACCACACGUCAUCAAGUACGACUUCACCCACAAACAUGUUGCUGGAGUCGACAAAGCAAAUUCCUGGCUCGGGUGUUGAAACUAAGCACCCAAGGCUUCUUCACCUGCUAGCAAUGUUUUUACACAAUUAAAGCGCCACUAUUUAAACCUAGUAAUGUGUCUGCCUUUAUGAAAAAAAAUUGUCAUAUGUAAAUAGAACAUGAGGAGAAACAUGCUUUUUGGACAAUGUGUCACUCGUGGUGUUAUGGUACUGUACGUACUAUUUGGUCACUUAGGCCUUUGCCAGCAUGACAAAGCGGAUUUACCAGACAAGCAAGGCCACAAAGUUGUCUAAAUUACAACCUCCAGCAAGUUUUUUGGUAUGUCGGGUGGUAUUUUGCAUUUUGCUGCGCUUUGGAUGUGAAGUCCUGAUGGCACUGCGCCAUGCAAGGCCGAUCACGCAGAUCACGCGAUGUGUUUAUUUCAAACAUGCAUGCAGUUACAAUUAGGUUCAUCACAUAUUUCCAAGUUUCUCAUUACAACAAGUCGGAAAAGGACUAGGAAGCAAUAUAGCUUAUAUAAAACCUACCCCUUUUCCAUUUCACAGCCAUUUCUAACACGUGUUUGUUCAAUUC